UCAAGACAUUCACAAUGAGUUUAGUGUCAUAUGAUUGCAGUGACGAUGACUCAGACAAAGACAACAACAUUAACAACACAACUGAUCCAAAGUUAGUGUCCAUAAAGACGAUUAACAGCGCCCCACAAAUAGAUGAUUAUCUUCUUGAAACUCGCAAACAGCGCACAUUAAUUGAUCCAAAAUGUCAAGAAUUAACAUUUAAUCCCAAAUAUGAAGAUCUUUUUGCACCGCAGUUUGGUCCCAAAAAUCCGUUCAAAGACGAUCAAGAGGUUAACAAAAACUUCUUGACCGGUCAUAUUGAAGAAGCGCACGUUAGUGAACACGUGUUUGAGCUGCAGAGGAAACACUUCCAUGUCUACGGAAAGGCAUCAAAUCCAAGUGAUGGAUCUAACAAUGAAAUCACUAAUCAAGAGAUGAAACCAUUAGAAACAGUUAAACGAAAAAAGAUAUCAAAUAUGGAUUCAUCAAACAUUGAUGGCUAUACCGGUCCGUGGAUUCAGUUUGAAAAUGAGUCGAAAAGUGCUAAACCAACACCUGAAGAGCAGGAAGAGAUCGAGUCAUUUAUGGCCAAAAAGAAACGUUUCGGCAAAAAGAUGGAAGAGAAGGAGUUUGAAGAGAAGGCCACCGUUCAUAUCGAUGAUGUCUACGACUAUCAGGGAAGGAGUUUCCUUCACAUACCUCAUGACUUGGAUGUCAACCUCAAAGCAGAUCACUUCCCAUCCAAGUGUUUCCUUCCAAAGAGAGUUAUUCAUACAUAUACUGGUCAUUCCAAGGCUUUGACAGCCAUUCGAUGGUUUCCCCGAUCAGCACAUCUGUUCCUUUCGUGUUCGAUGGACUCAAAGGUUAAGUUAUGGGAAGUUUAUAAAGACAGGCGAUGUGUGAUCACAUAUUUAGGACACAAACAGGCCGUUCGGGACAUUAAUUUUAAUCGCAAAGGCGAUCGAUUUCUUUCAUGUGGUUACGAUCGAUAUAUAAAAUUAUGGGACACAGAAACUGGUCAAUGCAUCAGAAGGUUUACCAAUCGAAAGGUGUCCUAUUGUAUCAAAUUCAACACCGAAGAGGAAAGAUCUCAUCUAUUCCUUUCCGGAAUGUCUGAUAAAAAGAUCAUCUGUUGGGACACACGAUCGGGAAAUAUAGUUCAAGAAUAUGAUAGACAUUUGGGCGCCAUAAACACAGUAACGUUUGUCGACAAUAAUCGGAAAUUUAUAUCAACAGCUGAUGACAAGUCCAUCCGAGUUUGGGAAUGGGAUAUUCCCGUUGACGUCAAAUAUAUUGCAGAGCCACAUAUGCAUGCCGUACCUGCUGUUACUGCUUCACCAAAUGGCAAAUGGUUGGCCUGUCAGUCGAUGGACAAUAAGAUACAGGCAUUUGCUUGUAUGAACCGAUUCAAACUGAAUCAGAAAAAAGUAUUUACUGGUCAUAUGGUUGCCGGAUAUGCCUGUUCUCCAGAUUUUUCACCAGAUAUGAGUUAUCUGGUUUCGGGUGAUGCCGAUGGAAAGGUAUUUAUAUGGGACUGGAAGACAACCAAAUUGUUGUCCCAUUUUCAAGCCCACGACAACGUUUGUAUAUCAACACUAUGGCAUCCACACGAAACUUCUAAAGUAUUAACUGCCGGAUGGGAUAAUAACAUCAAAUUAUGGGAUUAAUUAAAUCAUAACAUUUGUAACAUUAUAAUUGUUAAUCAAAUUGUAAUCAAUAGUUAUAUUUUAUAUUAAUAAUUACCAAUUCAUUUAAUAUUAACAUUCAUAUUCAUUUAAUUUAAGUAAUU